CUAUCCACAUAUUAUAAAUUUCACCAAUCUAAAGCACCUUUUCCUCCCCGUUAUAUAGCAGCCAGCUGCUACAUUGAAAAACAAGAACCAAAUAUAUAUUAGUGAAAAACUACCAAAAAUGGUUAGCUUUGAGACAUUUCUUCAACCCAAUAACUUUCUUCAAAAAAAGACUAGUGGAAUGAUUGGUUAUGAUGUACCUGAAGGAGUGGACAUUAGGGGAAGAUAUGAUCCUGAAUUUUCUAAAAUUUUAACUAGGGAUGCUUUGCAAUUUGUAGCUGAUUUACAGAGGGAAUUCAAGAACCAUAUUAAGUAUGCUAUGGAGUGCAGAAAAGAGACCAAAAUGAGGUAUAAUAAUGGAGGAUUGCCAGGUUUUGAUCCAGCGACUAAAUAUAUUAGGGAAGGAGAGUGGAUGUGUGCUCCUGUGCCACAUGCUGUGGCUGAUCGAAGGGUGGAGAUAACUGGACCUGUUGAGAGGAAGAUGAUUAUCAAUGCCCUUAAUUCUGGUGCCAAAGUUUUCAUGGCAGAUUUUGAAGAUGCACUUUCACCAAGUUGGGAGAAUCUAAUGAGAGGCCAAGUGAAUUUGAGGGAUGCCGUGAAUGGAACAAUAUCUUUCCAUGAUCAAGCCAGAAACAGAGUUUAUAAACUGAAUGAUCAGACGGCUAAGCUAUUCGUGCGCCCAAGAGGCUGGCAUUUGCCCGAAGCUCACAUCUUUAUUGAUGGUGAACCUGCUACUGGUUGCCUUGUCGACUUCGGCCUCUACUUUUUCCACAACUAUGCCAAUUUCCGCAAAGCACAAGGACAAGGAUUUGGACCCUUUUUCUAUCUUCCCAAAAUGGAAAAUUCUAGGGAAGCAAGAAUAUGGAAUAAUGUGUUUGAUAAGGCAGAGAAAUGGGCUGGAAUUGAGAAAGGAAGCAUUAGGGCCACUGUCUUAAUUGAAACACUUCCGGCUGUGUUUCAAAUGAAUGAGAUAUUGUAUGAGCUGAGGGACCAUUCAGUUGGGCUCAACUGUGGUAGAUGGGAUUACAUUUUCAGCUACGUCAAGACUUUCCAGGCGCAUCCCGAUCGCCUUCUCCCUGAUAGAGUUCUUGUUGGCAUGUCUCAACACUUUAUGAGAAGUUACUCUGACUUGCUCAUCCACACCUGUCAUAAGCGUGGCGUCCAUGCUAUGGGAGGCAUGGCAGCUCAGAUACCGAUCAGAGAUGAUCCAGCAGCUAAUGAGGCAGCAUUGGAACUAGUAAGGAAAGAUAAGCUAAGAGAAGUGAAGGCAGGGCAUGAUGGAACAUGGGCAGCUCACCCUGGCCUAAUUCCAGCUUGCAUGGAAGUCUUCACUAACAACAUGUCCAAUGCACCUAACCUAAUCCACUCCAUGAAGCGCCAUGAUGCGUCGAUCCUAACUGAAGAAGACCUGCUGCAGAGUCCGAGAGGUGUCCGAACGAUGGAGGGUCUCCGGCUGAACACCCGAGUGGGUAUUCAGUACUUAGCAGCCUGGCUAACAGGAGCUGGCUCUGUCCCUCUUUACAACCUGAUGGAAGAUGCUGCCACAGCUGAGAUUAGCAGAGUCCAAAACUGGCAGUGGUUGAAAUAUGGAGUGGAAUUGGACGGAGAUGGUCUCGGUGUGAAGGUUAACUUGGACCUUUUUGGGAGAGUGGUGGAAGAAGAAAUGGCUAGGAUUGAGAGAGAAGUUGGAAAGGAGAAAUUCAAGAAGGGAAUGUACAAGGAGGCUUGCAAGUUAUUCACAAGGCAAUGCACUGCACCAGUUUUGGAUGAUUUUCUGACUCUUGAUGCCUACAAUAACAUUGUCAUGCAUCAUCCUAUUGCAUCUUCCCGCCUCUAAAUUUCCCAGCGUAAUUUGCUUUUUCGAUCAAUCUCUUUUCUUUGUAUUGUGACUGCACUGCUAUCUUCCCCAGUAAUAAUGAAAAAAAAUGGAACUUUGUGAGGAGAUAGCUGCUGAUUAUCCAAAGGCUCUCUAUUUCAGCUUUUGCUUUUCAAUCAAUCUGUUAUCUGUAUUGCGACUACUGUUUAUCUUUCCCUUUAAUAAUAAACACAGUUGUUCAUUUUA